AUGAAGAAGGUGUUCACCUCUGAGCAAAUUUCAGAUUGGUUCACCUCGGGGACCACGUUUGCCAACAUCAAACUGACAGAGGAAGCGGUUGAACGAAAGUUAGAAGAGCUACCAUCAAGUGAGACAGGCACGUCAGAGGUUCCUGGUGAAGGCAGCGUAAAAGGUAUAAACUCUGAUGGAGGGCAGUUUCGAAAAAAAGCACCUGCUAGGAGUUCCACUCCUCCUCCACUCGCUAGUUACGAGUACCCCAACUUGCCCAUAACCAAAAACAGAGAGGAGCUGAUUUCCCUCAUUGAAAACAACUCAGUAGUAAUCGUUCGAGGAGCCACAGGCAGUGGCAAGACCACCCAGCUGCCACAGUACAUUCUGGACCACUACAACAACAAAAAUGCCUCAUGCAACAUUGUGGUCACCCAACCACGAAAAAUCGGGGCCAGCAGUAUUGCGCGAUGGGUUGCCACACAGAGGAAGUGUACCCUGGGUAGUCUGGUAGGAUAUCAGGUUGGUCUGGAGAGGAUGGCUACUGAACACACUCGACUAAUCUACAUGACUACAGGAGUGUUGCUUCAAAAAGUGGUUUCAGCCAAGUGUCUCACAGAGUACUCCCAUAUUUUUGUAGAUGAGGUUCAUGAGCGCACUGAGGAGAUGGACUUUCUCCUGCUGGUUUUGAGGAAGCUUCUUCAUUCCAACUCUCGUUAUGUUAAGAUCAUCCUCAUGUCAGCCACCAUUAACUGCAGACAGUUUGCUGAGUACUUCGGCACUCCAGUUCGUGGAAAGAUGAACCCGGCAUAUGUGUUUGAAGUGGAGGGGGCACCUUAUGCUAUUGAGGAGUUUUAUCUGGAUGACCUCCACAACCUGUUUCCAUGCAGGGUUGAGUCACCUCACCCAGAUGACCCUUAUAUAUCAGCUGAGAUUUACAGUCUUGCCAUCAGUCUCAUUCAGAGCUUCGAUGAGAUGGAAGGAAAAGAUUCCAGCAAAACAGAGAAAGAAGGUGGCAGGACUUUGUCAGAGAGAGGAAGUGUGCUGGUUUUUCUUCCUGGUUUACAUGAAAUAAGCUACAUGCAGGAGGCCUUGGCUAAGCUGGUCCACAAAAGAUUGCAGGUUUAUCCUCUCCACUCCACCGUGACUCUGGAGGAGCAGAAUGGUGUGUUUCUGUUUCCUGUCCCUGGAUACAGAAAGGUCAUCCUUUCCACCAACAUUGCAGAGAGUUCGGUGACUGUUCCAGAUGUCAAAUAUGUGAUUGACUUCUGCCUGGCGCGCCACCUGGUCUGUGACCAAGACACUAAUUACCAGUCUCUGCGUCUCACCUGGGCAUCCAAGACCAACUGCAACCAGCGCAGAGGUAGGGCAGGUCGAGUGUCGAAGGGCUACUGUUAUCGUCUUGUUACCAAAGAGUUCUGGAAGAAUGAAAUCCCUGACUACAUGAUCCCUGAGAUGCUGCUCGCCCCCCUGGCCACCAUCAUGCUGAAGGUGAAGCUUCUGGACAUGGGAGAUCCCCGCUCGCUACUCUCCACAGCUCUCUCACCGCCCAACCUCGGUGACAUAGUGCGGACUGUGCUCCAACUCAAAGAGAUGGGUGCCCUAUCUGCAAAAAAUGAUGGUCGGGGCCAGAAUGAGGAUGGUGAGCUUACGUUCGUCGGCCGAGUGCUGGCCCACUUGCCUGUGGACCUGUUCCUUGGGAAGAUGAUUGUCCUGGGUUACAUUUUUGGCUGUCUGGAUGAGUGCCUUAUCAUAGCUGCCUCUCACUCUCUGAAGAGUUUUUUUGCCAUACCAUCCAUGCAGCAGCUUGCCGGCCACAGGAGCAAGUUGGCCUUUGCUCGCGGCACCCCAAGUGAUUCCAUAGCUUUUGUCAACGUCUUCAAGGCAUGGCACUCCUCCAAAAAGAAAGGACUGCUGAGACACCCAAAGGAUGAGCUAGACUGGGGAAAAGAGAACUUCAUUCAGAUCAAGAGGAUCAGGGAGGUUGCAGAGCUGUAUGAGGACCUGAAGAAACGUGUGCAACAGUUCAACAUGCAUGUGCCAGACAACGAUCAACCCUCGGAUUAUACCAGCAUACACAAACAGAAGUACAUUCUACAGGUGGUUAUCGCUGGUGCCUACUACCCCAACUACUUUGUUCAGGGGGAAAUAGAUGAAUCACUGGCUUCCAGAGAUUUGUGUGGCUUCAACCCCAGAACAACAGUGAUGGUGAGGAACCUUCCUCCAUACAGUUUUCUGUACUACAAGCAGCUGCAGUCUCUGUUCCGCUUGUGUGGACAAGUCAAAGCCAUUUCCUUUGAGAGCAGCAGAGCAUAUGUGGAGUUCUACAGGACAUCCCAGGACUCGGGGGUGUUACCUGAGGUGUCCCUUGCCCUCCUCCUGGCCCAGCAGAGUCCUCCUAUCGAGCUGUCUGUUUAUCCCCUUGAACAAAUAGAAAACUGUGCUGGGAAUAGAAACAUUACUCACUUGAAAUACUCACGGGUGAACGUAGACUUCCAGAGCCAUACUGUCUGUCCAGUGGGAGUGGUGAGCAGUACCAUUGACCCAGACAAGCUACCUCCCAGCCGCUUGUUUGUUGUCAACAUCACAGAGGUGGUGGAGGUGGGCCAUUUCUGGGGCUUUCAGGCAGAUGAAGCCAGUUUGGAGAAGCAGCGCCAUCUGACAGCAGAGAUUAACAUGCGUACACUGCAUCCUGUAACUGUGUCACUCUACCCCAACUUGCUGUGUCUGGCUCCUUACUCUGAGAUCAUUGAGCAGAGCAUGUACUACCGAGCCAAGAUUCUGCACAUGCGUGGUAAUACAGUCGAGGUCCUCUUUCUGGAUUUUGGUAACACAGCAGUCGUUGCCUGCAGCAGCCUCAGGGAGCUCCCUUCUGACCUCCUGUCUCACCCUUUCCAGGCUCAGGAGUUCCAAGUUACUGGAAUGCGUCCAUCAGCCCAGUCCAUCAUCCUUGGGAACCAAUGGAGCAGCCGUGCCCGUGACCGAUUCAUCACGCUGGUGAAAGGCCACUCGCUUAUCGUGUCGCUGUACUCCAUCCUCCAUGGUGUGAUGCGUGUGCAGCUGCUCAUCAACACAGAGACAACAAACACGAGCGUCGCAGACAUCUUGGUGAAGGAGGGACAUGCAGAGAAAGCCGAAGAGAACUUUGAUUCCAAGCAAAACCAGGAGGCCCUGAUGUCCUUGUACAAAGACAUGGAAGGAGGCACAUAUGUCCCCAAUUUUGCCACCAGCUCCUGGAAGGAUCGCAAGGAAGAGGAGAAACAGCUCAUGGACAACCUGCUUGCCCACUUCUCCAAAAGCUGCCAGUCUUAUUCCAAGACAAAGGUUCACCUGCAUGGGCCACACAGUCCUCAUAAAAUCAACUUCCGCAGCUUUAGCAACAAGACCUACAAGACGGUGUGUAUAGAGAGGAGCAGCAUCAACUUGUUGGCUCUGAAUGAAAACCCUCACUACAAACAUCAGAGAAUUCUGGUGGCUGGGACUGUGUCAGUCAACUCUACAGGUACGCGUAUUCUCCUGAGAGAUACUACCCUCAUGCCCGACAUCCCUGGACUGCCUGCUCUCAUUACCAUGCUCUUCACCCCCAUCAUGGAGUUACGCACUAAUGAAGAGAGGACCUGCUACACAGGAGCCCUCUGUGGCUUGGGGUGGAACAGUCAAACACAAGAGGGCCUCCUACCUGAACAUGACAUUGAACUGGCCUUCGAUGUCAAGUUUGAUGUUGAAGACAUCACUGAGAUUAAUGCCUUGCGAGUGGCUAUAAACCGACUGGUGUGUGAGGGGCCCAAUGGCACUUUGCAUCUGGGGCCAGACAGGACCAGCCACCUGCAGGAGGACUGCCGGGAGCGCCUCUUGCGACUGUUUACCAAGACACCAUCACGGGAAGUUGUCAUUCCAGCGUAUUACGAGAAACAGGAGAAAUGGAACCAGGUGGAUCCGUCUCUCAAGAUGGAUAUUGUUGAGCCUGGAGCUGGAAAGACUAGAGGUGUGCUCUUCCAGCUUCAUCCUGUCACCCUGCUCAACAGCUAAGAAGCUGUCUUUGUUUAAAUGUGGUUGAAAAGAAAGUGAUUUGAAUGUUGUAAUUUGACUGAAUUAUGUUCAAAAGAGUAUUUUAUUUUCUAAGC